UCCCCAAGGACAACAAUAUUUAUACGUGCAAAAACGCUAGCCAUUCCCAUCAACUUCUUCACAAUAUCUCUACACUUCCCUAUCAAAAUAAGCAAUGACAGAUCUUCUUGAUCUUUCCACUUUUGGUUAUGCAGUAGUGUUAGGCGUCACGCUACUGUUUUUGUACUCAAAACUCAAAAACCUUAGCUCAGGAAGCGGCGGCAAAGCUGCACCCGUAGCAGCCGGUGCAUGGCCAAUAAUUGGUCACCUCCCGCUAUUAGGGGGACCCAAGGCCCCUCAUGAAAUGUUGGGAGACUUGGGUGAGAAAUAUGGACCAGCCUACAUGAUCCGGAUCGGUGUUCAUCCAGCCCUGGUGGUGAAUUCGAGUGAUGUUGCUAAGGAAAUCUUCACCACCAAUGAUUUGCAUGUUUCCUCCCGUUCCGAAUUUGCCGCCGCUAAACACUUAGGUUACAACUAUGCCAUGUUCGGCUUCUCUCCUUACGGACAAUAUUGGCGUGAAAUGCGCAAAAUAACAAUGGUGGAGGUGCUAUCGAAUCACAGGAUCGAUCAACUUAAGAAAGUUUUUGUAUCGGAAAUAGAAGGCUCAAUGAAACUAUUAUAUAAUACUUGGGCUGAGAAAAAGGAUGGCUUUGGUAAGGUGUUGGUUGAGAUGAAGAAACACUUUUUGGACUUGACUUUGAAUGUUGUUCUUAGGACGGUUGCUGGGAGGAGGUAUAGUGUUGUUGCAGAGGAAGACCAAAAAGAGGUUUUGAGAUAUCAUAAGGCUUUACAGGAUUUCUUUCACUUGACAGGGUUGUUUAUGUUGGGAGAUGCGGUCCCUUUCCUCCAAUGGUUGGAUAUUGGUGGUUAUGAGAAGCGGAUGAAGAUAACUGCUAAAGAGUUGGAUGAAAUUUCAGGGGGAUGGCUAGAUGACCAUAGGAAGGGCGGACGUUGGAAUGAAAAUAAAAAGGAGAAAGAUUUCAUGGAUGUAAUGAACUCUGUUCUUAAAGGUGCAAGCCUUGCAGGCUAUGAUGCCGACACCAUCAACAAAGCCACUUCAUUGAAUAUGAUUUUAGCAGGCGGUGACACCACUACAGUUGCCUUAGUAUGGUGCUUGUCCCUAAUGCUAAACAAUCCUCGUAUACUCAAAAAGGCUCAAGAAGAACUAGACACCCAUAUAAGCAAGGAUAGGUUUGUGAAUGAAACAGACAUCGGCAAAUUGGUUUACAUCCAAGCCAUAAUUAAAGAGACUUUUAGAAUGUAUCCAUCUGCACCCCUUUCAGCACCCCGUGAGCUCAAUGAAAGUUGCUCCAUUGGAGGCUAUAACAUCCCCAAAGGCACUCGGUUGAUUAUAAACCUUCACAAGAUUCAAAGGGAUCCUAAAAAAUGGCCAGAACCAUUGAAGUUUAAGCCAGAAAGGUUUCUCACUACCCACAAAGAUGUGGAUGUUAAGGGUCAGCAUUUUGAAUUGAUGCCCUUUGGUAGUGGUAGGAGAAGCUGUCCUGGAACAUCGUUUGCACUCCAUAUGUUGUACUUGACCGUAUCUAAUUUCUUGCAUGCCUUCGAUUUCUCAGUACCAUCCAAUGGUUUGAUUGACUUGACCGGCACUGUUGGAUUGACCAACAUGAAAUCUACCCCGCUUGAAGUACUAGUCUCACCUCGCCUUGCUCCUGAGCUUUACAACUAAAAUCCAGAUGAAGAUUGCAAUAAUCAAGUACGAAUAAUAAGAAUGCCUAAGCAUUUUGGUUCUUAUGUUGUAUUAUUAUUUAAAUCAUGUAUGUGUCUCUAUUACACUUCUCUUUCCUAUUGUUUCCCUUUUUAAAAUAAAAAAAAUUAUACAGUUAAUAAAUAAAUAUUUUCUUAGAUAAAA